CGCACGAGCAGGCUCUUACAAUCACGGACGUCACCAACAGCACCCGUAAUAUUGUAAUCGGUCGUACACGAUCCGCAUUCCGGUGGUUUCGAACGUAUUCGUAGUGUUCGUACUGCUAGUCAUUCGUUUCGCCGGCGUCCGUUCCGCUACACGUACACGUCGCUCGUCCUGACGCAGACACUUUUUUUUGUCGAUUUCCACGUUUGUUUCGUUGCAACAAAAACCGCAGAAAAAUGGUGUUGGCACUUGAACAACCUGCCCCAAAAUUCAAGGGUACUGCUGUUGUCAAUGGAGAGUUUAAAGAAAUUUCAUUAGAAUCAUUCAAAGGAAAAUAUGUUGUUUUAUUUUUCUAUCCAUUGGACUUUACUUUUGUGUGCCCAACUGAAAUAAUUGCAUUUUCGGAUCGUGCUAAUGAAUUUGCGGCUAUCAAUUGCCAGUUAAUCGCAGCCUCUUGCGAUAGCCACUUCAGUCAUUUGGCUUGGGUAAACACUCCACGUAAUGAAGGUGGUUUAGGCAAAAUGCAAAUUCCUUUGUUGGCUGAUAAGUCUGCUGCUAUUGCCAAGGACUAUCAAGUUUAUAACGAAACUACUGGAAUACCAUACCGUGGUUUGUUUAUCAUUGACAAUAAAGGAAACUUGAGACAAAUCACUAUCAAUGAUUUACCUGUUGGACGAUCUGUCGAUGAAACUUUGCGUCUUGUUCAAGCAUUCCAAUUCACUGACGAACACGGAGAAGUUUGCCCAGCCAACUGGAAACCAGGUAGCAAGACCAUCAACCCAUCAAAAUCCAAGGACUACUUCAAAACAGUUGAAUAAAUAUAUCACAUAAUAAAA